AUGUCUAAGCUCUCUGUCCAGGUUAAACAGAUGUUCAUACUACCCUAUUAUUUCGAUAACGACAGGGCUUAUACGAUUGAAUUAAUGAACGCAGCAAAUAUUCAUAACCCUUUCGAGCGACACCUUUUGCUCAACCCACCAUAUGCACUUAGUUUACCUCUCAAAGAGCUUCUGGAACCAGCGCGGAAAACCAGUGCUCUACCACCUCCUAGGCCAAUGAAUCCUUGGAUUAUCUUUCGCAAAGAUCUCGAAGGUCAACUGCGUUUUUUUAAUUCUGAACGGCCGCGUAGCAUGAAGGAAACUUCUGCGACUGCUAGUUUUCUUUGGAAGAAUCAGCCAAGAGUAAAACUGUACUUUACCGUGCUUGCUAAAUUGGCAGAGAAAAUACACAAAGAUGUCUACCCUGAUUACUGCUAUAGGCCGAGCAAGUCAAAACGGCCCAAGUCACCUAAUUGGCGGUUUAUACGGAUGGAUGAAAGAAACCAGAGAAAAAAAUCCAGAAAGAACGUACCUACUACCCAUCAAGCAGACAAUUAUAAUAUUAAUAAUAGUCAACAGUAUCAACAUAUUGAAGAAAAUAAGACUGGUCAGCCAAAUCAACACAUUGGCGAUAACGAUGCCAACAACAUCUCGUUACACAGCAAUAUUGACGUAUCCCACCAAUACUAUAAUAACGUAAGCAACCUUAUCUCGCCUUAUAACGUUUACGACAAGUCGUUUAAUUACAAUAUUUUACCGAGCCAUGCAACAAUUCAAAACAACAAAAUCGACACCGCCGCCGUCGGUACAUUGAAUUUCCCGAUAAUUGAUCAACAAGGUUACAGAAUUGCCUCUAAUGUCGUUGAUACCGCCGCCGCCAAGUCUUUAGUCUAUAUACCACUACUGGGCAAUGCGGCAAGUACUAUCGUCAUGGAAGAAUGUCCGAUACGUAGUAACGGUUUCAUUGUUUAA